AUGGCUGUCCACCACAACCCUCUGUUGUUGAAGUACAGAAAUGAGAUCCCUCGGGAGGUCUUUAGCGAUCUACUUCUCCAUUCAAAAACCGACAUGAAGCGUUUACAUCGGCUGGAAGAAUACCUCGAAGAUACGUCCGGAAAACUAAAGCUAUCAGCACUUUUGUCAUAUGGCCAACGACCAUCCUUCGCCUGCGAUCGCGAUAAGAAACUCAAGCAGUUUCGCGAACUCAAAGCAAAGUACGACGCUAUCAUGAAGAAGUAUGACGACAUGCUAUGCGAAAAGGUUCUUCAAGUCCAACACGACGUGGAGUAUUACGUCCAUACCAAGAAUAAGUGCAGACGCUGUGCUCUCCCCGCCAAAGCAAAGAAGCUCAAGGUCAGCCCUCACGAGUGGCCUCUCCCAGCAGAUGAACUUGAGGCUGAAACGUCUGUUUUUGACAUGGAUGUACCCGUCACUUUUGCUGUGUGGCGAGAUGCUACGGUUUACUUCUUGGAUAACAUCUUGAGAUUUGAAUCGUCUUGCGCCGGAGACUAUCCACGAGCGUCCUUUCCGUUGAUGACAUAUAAGCCCCUCAGUCACUGGUUCGAAUUACAACGUCAUAGAGUACAGUUACUUUCUGAGAUUAAAACGCACUCUCAAACUCAUCGCAAUCAGAAAUCCAUCGAAACUUGUACUGAGGCGGAUGUCUGUCUUAACAACGGUCUUCGCUUUCAGUAUCAUGAUGGUUCUAGAAAUACCUUCCUAUCCACCUCUAAACACACAACCGAAAUUUCAAAGCGAUGUACAAUCAAGCUUCCAAGCAGAGCUCAUACCUUGCAAAGAUUCAUGGCUCGAAUAUGGCUUUAUGAGAACAGAGAAACACCCAACCAGGCCAUCGCGAGCCAGUCUGAGUGUCCGGAGUACAUGUCACUUGGCGAGUUCAAGGCUUUAGCUGUUUUGCCAUACGGGUACCGCCUUCAGUGGAAGAAUAUCCUUACGCAGCUUGCUAUGCCGACGGUAGACUUCAAUAAACCUGAGACUGCUUUAUUUCUACUCCAGAUGAUGUUACAAGCUGGGCCGUCCGAUGAGGAUGAGGUGACAAGACACGCACAUAAUCGACCUACAGACGUGGAAUUCGGUUCGCAGAUUCUGAAGUACUUGGGUGAGAGCGUGUCAAGGGUUCAGGAGAAUUGGGAGUCGUACACAUCACUGUGCUCUUCCACCUGCUUGGCCACUAGACUACUUGCACUAGCUGACAAGUCCCUGUCGUCAAAGGUUCUGGAUCUCAUCGCAAAAUGUCGAGGAAUCUCCUACAAGUGGGUGAUGCACCUAUUGUCUAAGGUCCAAGAUAUUGAGCACCGUACGCAGCGGGAGGAAUUUCUUGAGGCGGCAGUGCACAUCGACCUUAUCUGUGUCGAGACGUUCAAUCUGGAGGGUGAGUGCUUUGAACAGGUAUUGGCUGACGAAGAGCAAGCGGCUAUACUGUUGGAAAUCUCGACCAUCGCACAUAAUAACGCCGACUUCGAACAGCUUCAGAAGGAUGCAUUGUUCGGUAUUAUGCUCGACAGAUAUAGAAUCAUAAUGCACAGAGCCUUGCCUAUUCUGGUGAGCGAAAUAACCUCCAAGGGUAGUUUAUGUAUCGAUACAGCCAUUAAGGAAGAUGGCCCGACUUUGCACGAGAGGUUAUUGGUUAAUGGAAUACCUGUCUCACGACUUCCUCAGAAGUACGAGACUCAUCAUGAGUAUCUGAAGCUAUUCAGGUCUGCGAGUAUGGAAGUCACGCCCAGCAACCUGCCAAACAUGAGCUUCUGUGCGACCAAGACGUUUCACGGGUAUACGGUUUCAUCUCGGUAUGCAGAGAGCUAA